AUGGCAUCAUUUACCAAAAUAGGGAUGCUGCUCAUGGCCACCUCGAAAAGACCUCCGGCUAACUACUUUUCCUCUUUCAGCCGAGGAAAGCCAUCACUUGUAUCAGAAGCCUGCCUCUCUACAGCCGCUGCUGCAGGUGGCAUGAAACCUGAACCACCACUUAAUCAGUAUUCUACUAUUUCAUCUUCAGAUCACAAUCUCACUAGACGUUCAGGGAAUUACGGACCUACCUUGUGGGAUUUUGAAUAUCUUCAGUCCAUACACAAUGAUUAUGUGGUAAAGAAGUAUAUGAAGCGGUUUAACGAGCUGAAGAAGGAAAUGAAGAACAUAAUGAUAAUGGUUGAGGGAUCACAAGAAGAAUUAGAGAAGUUGGAGCUGAUUGAUAAUUUACAAAGGCUUGGAGUGAGUUAUCACUUCAAGGAAGAGAUCAUGCAAAUUUUGAGGAGCAUAUAUCUAAAUGCAUCCGCAGGAGAUUCAUUAUAUGCCACAGCUUUGAAAUUUAGACUCUUGAGACAACAUGGUUUUCAUAUCUCUCAAGGUAUAUACUGUCUAGAUCGUUUAGAUGUGUGGUGGAAGAGUACAUGCCUUGCAAAAAAGUUGCCAUUUUCAAGGGAUAGAAUUGUUGAAGCUUUCGUUUGGACAGUGGGGACAAUAUUUGAACCUCAAUACAGUUACUGCCGAAGAAUGCUUACAAAGAUCAAUGCUGUUGCUGUAGUCAUAGAUGAUAUUUAUGAUGUCUAUGGCUCUCUUGAUGAGUUGGAACUCUUCACUGAUGCUGUUGAAAGGUUACUAAAAGCGAUUGACUAUCUUCCAGGCUAUAUGAAAGUAUGUUACCUUGUACUCUUCAACACUGUCGCUGACAUUGCAUAUAACGUUCUCAAAGAGCAAGGGAUCAACGUUAUACCCUACCUUAAAAAAUCAUGGGCAGAUUAUUGCAAAGCUUCCUUUCAAGAAGCAAAGUGGCACUUCAAUGGAUAUAAUCCAACUCUGAAAGAAUACAUGGAUAUUGCAUGGAUUUCAAUUGGAGCCCCUAUGUAUUUAGUCCAUGCAUUCAUCUUUGUCACCAACCCAAUUACGAAAGAGGCAUUGGAAUCCUUAAGCAAAUAUCCUGACAUAAUUCGUCACUGUUCUAUAAUUAUUCGUCUUGCCGAUGAUUUAGGGACAUCAUCGGAUGAAAUGAAUAGAGGUGAUGUUCCCAAGUCAAUUCAAUGUUACAUGAACGAAAAUGAUGCUUCUGAAGAAGAGGCAAGAGAACACAUUAAUCAUUUGAUAAAGGAGAUGUGGAAACUGAUAAACACUGGUCUACAUGAAAACUCGUUAUUUUCUGAAACAUUGAUUGGAUGUGCAGUAAAUGUUACAAGAACUGCACAGUGCAUAUACCAACAUGGAGAUGGACAUGGAAUUCAAAAUUCUGAGAUUAAAAGUCGCAUUUCCGAAUUACUUUUCGAGCCCACCAAAAUCUCAAUUCCAUGA